AUGGCGGUGACUAGCCUUGACUACCGAGUGGACUCGGGUGUCAUGAUGCUCAUGCUGGCUGUAACAUGCUCGGAGUUACGGUUUAUUAAUGGCGAGUCGACAUCGGACCUUUAUUGCUUGCGUCAAGGUCAUCGUAGUGAUGCUUGUUCCAAGCCGGUCCCAAACUUGCUGGUAACGCAAGCCGGCAAGGAAUACCUUCCGCUACGUGAGGUCGAGCGGUCGACUUGCAGUUUUGUAACUAUCAGUUGGCAAGAUGCCCACUUGAUGUUGGGUGGUUUUAUAAGAUUGGGUGCCUCAAGAGUAAAACCUGCCAAGGGUCUCACGACCUGUCAGAGCCAUGAAAAUGGCCCAAUAUCUGUCGGCUUCUUCCACCAAGAUCGGUCGCCGCGAAUGCCGAAAGCCUUUAUUAGGGUCCAGCCUCACGGUUUCCUCUCCUGGUAUCGGGGGUUGCCCCCUACUCUCAAGGUCCGCUCUUUUCAAUAA